AUGCCUCCAAAAAGAACACCAGUGAAAAACAGCCCUGAUUCAGUGAGGAAUCACGACAUGCUGGAGGUGCUGAUUCAUAGCCGUGGACUAGCGCAGCGGAAUGUAUCCAGGAUAAAGUCCAUCCUGCAGCAGGCGGAAGAGGAAGGAGCUGAGCUAACUCCUGCUCAGUUAAAGGUAUACCAGCGGAGUGUGGAAGGUUCGAAAACCGAGUUCACCAAGCAAUACAAUGAAAUCCUCGCCCAGUCAUCUCCAGCCGAGCGUGAAGAAAAUGACGACGAAUAUUUCAACUUUGUUGACCUGCAUGAGGAAGUAUCGAUGAUGCUAGAAAGUUGGCUCGACAAGCUUUCGCCAACUCUACUGCCACAGCCGCAACAGCAGCCGCAGCCGCAGCUCACCAACAGCCAGCCGCCUUUGGUCAUCCAACCUUCUCUUCCCAGAGCAAUACCAACGUUCGAUGGUCGCUUCGAACAAUGGGAGAAGUUUAAGGUUAUGUUCCAGGAUGUGGUCGACAGAACUAACGAGCCAGAUCGCAUCAAGCUAUACCAUCUUGAGAAGGCUCUAGUUGGAGACGCAGCCGGGUUGAUAGAUGCCAAAACUAUCACCGACGGCAACUACGCUCGAGCUUGGCAACUAUUGGAUGAACGAUAUUCCGACCAGCGACGAAUGAUUGAUCGUCAUCUAGCAGGCCUGCUGGGUGUGAAAAGGUUACACAGCGAAUCAUUCACCGAGUUGAGGUCUCUGGUAGAGACUUUUGAUGGUCAUGUCGACAACCUCAAGUUUCUGGGCCAAGGUUUCGCUGAGGUAGCCGAAUACAUGAUGGUGUUCCUGAUCUCUCGUGCCUUGGAUGACGAGACAAAGAAGCUGUGGGAGUCCACUAUCAGGAAGGGUGAGCUGCCAACAUAUGAAGACACUAUUCACUUUCUCAAGGAGAGGGUGUCCGUCUUGGAGCGCUGUCAAUCCUCAGCCGAGAUAGGUUUUACCAAGCAUCGCCAUGUUUCGAGGUUCAAUCUACCAAGACAUCCGAGGAUCAACACGGCCACUUCCCCAGCACAACAAGAGCAAAACUGUGAUUUUUGUGCCAGAGGUCACCGGAUCUACGAGUGCCCCCAGUUCAACGAAAUGUCGGUCAGCCAAAGGAUCAGCAACGUAAGAGAAAAAAAUCUUUGCUUCAAUUGCCUAAGCCGAAGACAUCGAGCAAUUGAUUGUCCUUCAAAGAUGUCCUGCUCCAAAUGCCAACGGAAACAUCACUCGUUGUUGUAUGAUGUAUGA